GCCCCCACCACCAUCUGCUCUGGCUUUGGCGUCGGCGGCUCCCGGCGCCUCCAGCUCUGGCUCGGGCUUGGGCUCCGGCUCCAGGCGCGGACCAGGUCCCCUUGGCCCCUGCCGCGCGCCCUCCAACCUGCUGCUGCGGCCGCCGCGCCCCCCAGGCUCUGCCAGCUGCCAGCUCUCUGAGCCCGAGGCCGGAUUCCCAUGGAAGCGCCGCGAUGUUCGCCCCCAGGCUGCUGGAUUUCCAGAAGACGAAGUACGCUAGGUUCAUGAACCACCGAGUCCCUGCCCACAAGAGGUACCAGCCCACAGAGUAUGAACAUGCGGCCAACUGUGCCACCCAUGCUUUCUGGAUCAUCCCCAGCAUCCUGGGCAGCUCCAACCUGUACUUCCUGUCAGACGAUGACUGGGAGACCAUCUCUGCCUGGAUCUACGGCCUUGGCCUCUGCGGCCUCUUCGUGGUGUCCACCGUGUUUCACACCAUCUCCUGGAAGAAGAGCCACCUCAGGAUGGUGGAACACUGUCUACACAUGUUCGACCGGAUGGUCAUCUAUUUCUUCAUAGCGGCUUCCUACGCACCCUGGCUGAAUCUUCGGGAGCUGGGCCCCUGGGCCUCCCACAUGCGCUGGCUGGUCUGGAUUAUGGCUUCCGUGGGCACCAUCUAUGUCUUCUUCUUCCAUGAGCGGUACAAGCUUGUGGAGCUUCUCUGCUACAUCGUGAUGGGCUUCUUCCCUGCCCUGGUCAUCCUCUCCAUGCUGGGCUUUUCUCCUCUUCUCUGCUGGACUCUGCUGUUUCCCACAAGGUGUUCAGAGAUUCUGCCCUGAAUCGUGCAACCAGGAGAUGAGAAGCACAGAGUGACACCAGCAGGAGAACAUAAAGAUGCGCUGACAGUUGUCCUCCUGCUGCAGAGUCCAGAGCAGUGCACUCCUACCGCUGGUGCCCUAGCUAAGCCUGGGGGCCAGCAUGUCCGAUGAUAGUCUGGGAGUGCUGCAGUCAGGGUCCCCACAAUGGGCACUCAGCCUGUGCCCUUGCACUCUGCAUGACCGUGGUCAUUGUCACCUCAGAGCCCCGGGGUACAGAGCAAUGCAUCCUACCAGAGCUGCAUGUGGGGAAGUACCACGUGAGUCCCGGGAAAGAGCUGAGGCCCUGCAGGGGGAGGUGGCCAGGACUGAGACCUGAUGCUUGUGUGUAGAAUCGUCUGUGGGUGUGAGUGGCACUGUGGGGUCAGUGCCCGGGUUCUGCUGCUCCCCCUCCUCAAAGAUCAGGGUCCGAGCAGGGGCUGUCGUGUGUGUGGCACCUGGAACUGCAGGGCCACCACCCAUGUGGGAGGCCAUCAUGGGGACCUGAUGUCAUCUGCAGACCCCACCCGUCCAUCAGCCCCAAUUCCUGGCCAGCUUCUGCCAAGGUGAGAGGGUGGAAUUUGGAAGGUGGGUGUAAGCUGAAGCCUGUCCCCCAGUGGCUGACAUACAGUGGUGACACUCUCUGUGUGGGGGAAAGAAAGAGAGAUCAGACUGUUAUUCUGUCUAUGUAGAAAGACGAAGACACAAGAAAGUCCAUUUUCAUCUGUACUAAGAAAAAUUCUUCUGCCUUAAGAUGCGUUAAUCUGUAACCCCAGCCCCAGCCCUGUGCUCACAGAAGCAGGUGCUGUAUUGGCUCAAGGUUGUGCCUUAGUGAAAAUGUGUUUGCAGGCAGUAUGCUUGGUAAAAGUCAUCGCCAUUCUCCAGUCUCGAGUACCCAGGGACACAGUGCACUGCGGAAAGCCUCAGGGACCUCUGCCCAAGAAAGCCUGGGUGUUGUCCAAGGUUUCUUCCCACUGAGGCAGCCUGAGAUAUGGCCUCGUGGGAAGGGAAAGACCUGACCAUCCCCCAGCCCGACGCCCAUAAAGGGUCUGUGCUCAGGAGGAUUAGUGGAAGAGGAAGGCCUUUUUGCAGGUGAUGUAAGAGGAAGGCAUCUGUCUCCUGCUCAUCUCUGGGAAUGGAAUGUCUCGAGGUAAAACCUGACCAUACAUUCUAUUUACUGAGAUAGGAGAAAACCGCCUUAUGGCUGGAGGCGAGACAUGCUGGCGGCAAUACUGCUCUUUACUGCACGGAGAUGUUGGUGUAAAGUCAAACAAUAAUCUGGCCGACAUGCACAUCGAGGCACAGCACCUUUCCUUACACUUAUUGAUGGCACACAGUCCUUUGCUCACAUGUUUUCUGCUGACCCUCUCCCCACCACUACCCUGUAGUCCUGCCACAUCCCCCUUGCCGAAAUAGUAGAGAUAGUGAUCAAUAAAUACUGAGGGGACUGCAGAGACCAGUGCCGGAGGACGGUGUGGGUCCUCCGAAUGCUGAGCGCAGGUACCCUGGGCCCACAUUUCUUCCUCUA